CAGUUAAUAACGCUAUCCGUUCUGAUAAGUGUAAUACUAAUAUCCAUCCAAUAUUAUAGGCACCUACCCAAAUUAAAUAAUUAAUAGAUAUGGCUGUUUCAGUUAUAUUCUUUACUUAUUCGCUCAAUGUUUCGUUCGUUUGGUUCAGACUGAAUAUACUUCAACGUGAGAAAUCAUUUUCCUCCACGACAGACUCCUGCAGAUGGCGAUCUCGAUCUCGAUAUUUCUCCUAUUCUUGAUCUCCUCUAUUAAGACCGAAACGCUGGCCAUCUUAGACUACAAUGUCGACUUCAUCAAAACUCCUUACUUCGUCGAUAAAAGCGAACUAUUUUUGGAAAUAUUUCGAUCGCGUUGUGGCAAAAUCGCCUUCAUUACAAUUCCUCCGAAAUUUGGUAAAACCACAAACCUGCAAAUGUUGAAAAAACUAAUACAGUUUGAAUUAGAUUUUGACUAUCGACCUAAACCAAUGAGAAGAACUAGCGCUUAUCACUUGGUACAUUAUUUAAAACUUUCCCAGCACGAAGAAGCAUAUUCGGCUCAUUUGGCUCAACAUCCGGUUAUCCUGUUCGAUUUAAAGUACGACGUUGAUGGAGAAGUUACACAUGAAAAACUAGUCACUGGUUUGGCUAGCAAAGUGCAGCAAACAUUUAAAGAGUACGAUUGGUUGACUGAUAAGCUUCAAAGUACUGUUCUUCAUCACGGCGACUUAUUUCAGAAAGCUUUACAAGCUAACCUAUCUGAAAAAGAAUUACUAGAUAGUUUAGUCGUAUUAAGCGAGAUAUUAUACAAAUAUUUCAACGAAUCUAAAGUGGUUCUUUUGGUCGACAAUUUCGAUUACACUAGUAAAUAUGAUUUCGUCAAACCUUACGUAACAGAUCCGUUAUAUUUCAUGAUCCAUUCGAUAAUACUGAACGUCACCAAAAGUCCGUAUUGCGUUAAACGUUCCUUGAUUUUAAGCGUAAGUGAUCGAAAAGUAAGCGCUCCACUGUAUGGAAACAUUCGUCAAUUCCCUUUCCUGGAAGAAGAUUAUUACGCUCCUUUUUUUGGAAUACUCCCGACGGAACUGGAUCUGCUAUUUGAACGAUACCGAUGUUCAGAGCAAGAAAAAAUUAACGUUAAGAAAUGGUACGCUGGGUACGAAACUAAUCUCAUAUACAGACCAAUUUACAAUACUUACUCAAUAGUGGAAUAUUAUCGCCAUCGAAACGAAUCGAACGCUUUACGACCGUACUGGGCUUCUGCUUUUGUUCAGAAUACCGCAUUCAUAACGCAAUUCCUUCGUGUAACCUUUUUCCGAACAGCGUUCAAUGAACUUCUGCGAUACGGGACCAUCUGCAGCAGGUUCAGGAAGCGUCGUUUACUCAAUGAUAAGAAAUUCUUACCCAAUAUGACCAAAGAUAACACAGACGUAUACAUAAGAGAUGAUAAAAUUAAAGAUCUAGUAGGUCUAUUGUUUGAACAAGGCUACCUCUGUCACAGAAAUUACAUCAAGGAAGAGAGUUACAAGAUACCAAAUUUGGAAAUAGAAAACUUACUAGUAUCCUUGGCGAUACAGUUCUAUCAAAGUCGCGAUAUUCCGGUGACGAAUGUGAGCUUUUAUCUACUAUCUGUACUAGAGGAAACCGAGAGCUCGACAGCCAGUUCUGAAUGGAAUGUACUUUCGAUGAUAAUACCAAUACAAAGGGCUAGAUUCAAUUCAUCGACGGAGUUCGAGUAUUUCAACAUUAUUCACUUGGCAUCGUUGCAUAUCAAAUUGACCGUCCCUGGAACUGAAAUAAUUAUCAAGUGGUUAACGAGCACAGCACAAGAAGACAUCGUAUUUAUAAGUAAUGGUAAGGCUAUGAUGAUCAAUAUGGAUUCAGAUUCGAGCCGUAUUGUUCAUGUUCCUCCGGAUCCGUACGUGUGCGGAUGCAUUCAGGGAAGAAAUAUUUCAACAGUGAGACUCCUAUCGGUGAGAAUUAAGGGACCGAAUCUAGUUAAAUGUCAAGUACGUACCGUCAAAUGUGAUUCUAAGUCAAUCGGACGUGGAAGUUGAUGGAAAAUCUUCUGUACCUGUUGUUUUCAAGUCCAAAGCUGAUAAAAGACAUUAAUAAUUCUAUUCUAAUGAUAAGUACACACUUACACAAGGAUGAAGGACAGGGUGUUCCAGGAAUCGUCUUUCCAACGAAACGAACGUAGAGAAUACUAAUUGUGGAGACGGAGACUGGAGACGUAGCCGACGUAGAAAGACGAAGACGUCGAAGACGAUGACGAACAAAAAACAUGUAUGACUGGUUGACUGGUUGACUGGUUGCCUGGUUGCUUAUCUUGUGAAUUGAAGGAGCCACGUGCUUCGCAUACUCGAAAUUUACCAAUUUUGGAAAAAAAAAUCCUAAAAAAGAAGGAAAAGUUUUGGAUUACUUAGAUCAUCAGUUGACGAACAAAAAAAUGUUGCUAUGAUAAAUUGCAUACCUUCAAAAUUGAAGGGGAACACUUGAUUCAAAAACCAAUUUGGGAUGAUUCAAAUUUUGACGAUUUCAUACUUUCAAAUUGUGUUUGCUUUUUAUUCGUCAAUUUGAGCACUGUGGGUUAUUGACGACAUUUUAAAGAUGCAAACAUUUUCUUACUAUCUGUGAAUAUAAAAAGUUACACCGUUUGAAGGGCUAAUGGUGAAAGUCUGAAAGUCGCCUUAGUCGAAAGUGAUUCUUGUACAAAUCAAUGAAAACGUUGUUGUCCUAUGGUCCUACUUCAAUGGCAGGCCUAAUGUAAAAACUUUAUGGUCAAGUAUUUAAAAAAAACAUCUUCAACUAUCCCAGAAUGCAUUACAAUACUCAUUUUUCCUUUAAAAUAGGUAAAUGAAAUAUGAAAAAAAAAUGUUUAAUGUUGUGUGAACAAAAAAAUGACUAAGGCGGUUUUCAUCAUUUUUGUGCAAAAAUUUACCAAUUUUGGAAAAUUUGCCAAAAAUGAGAAAAUGUUUGCAUGUGGAGUGUUUACUGUUUUAUUUUGACUUUUGAUUCACCUACCUAAUUCAGGAGUUUUUAUUCAUUUAUUUAUUUUUAAUAAAUGUAAAAACAAAGAAUGGUUUCUUAGUUUGUUUAUUGUUUUCCCUGUGUUUUUUCCGAAGCUUUUUACGACCAUUAUACUUAAAUGAAGCAAGGAGAGACUUAAUUGUUCAAAAUUAAAUAAAGUGUAUCACUAUUUUCUUCGUUUUUUAAAAUUAAAAAAAUAAAUAAAUUUUGAAUAUCAAUGGUAUAAUAGUUAGUAUUUUUACUCACUAAGGUUGAUUUUUAAUAAACAUACUUAAUACUUGCUGAAGCUCAGACAAAAUUAUUAUUGUUAAUAAAAUUCAAUCUUAUUUUUGUUUUUUUUUGUUUUCAUAAAAUUACUAUAAAAUCUUUGGUUUUGAAAAACUUGAUUUGCCCCUAUAAAGAUAUGCUGAGGAACAUCGAACAUCUGGAUGAGUAUGAAACGAAUCUAAACGAAACUAAAUGCCAGGCGAGUUGAAUUUUGGGAAAUGUUCUUUACUAUGGGUCGUUCUAAUAACUAUGUAUGUACGUAUAAUAAACUGGCAUUCAGCAGGUAUGCCAAUAGAGCCUACACUUGUUAGUUGUUGGUAAUGAUUGAAUAGUCACCUAUUUGUGAGUACAUAGGUAGUUUAAUUAAUGAGGCAAAAUCGCCCUCGAAUUGAGGACUAGGUAUUAUAAGUAGCUAUAGGUACUAAAAAUUUUGUUCUUUUUUCUCAUGUGUAGUACCAGAUUUAUAUUUUAGCGUUAAAUUGGUCAUAAGCCAAAUCCAUUACCCACUAAUUAAAAUAGUUAGACUUUAUCACUCCUACAAAUAGAAACAUUAUUGUAUUCCAUGAAAUGUAAUAAGUUAUUUCGUACAUAAAAUGCAAGUUGAUUAAAUAAUAAUUUAAGUAAUUAAAGAUACCUACAUUGCUAAAUUUACCUACUUAAUGCAAAGUUAUACAUCGGUUACAUUUCCGUCAAUUUUUCUGUGUUGUAUUUGUAUACACGCGCAUAAUUCAAACAGUGAAUUAGGUAUGUAUUUUUAUACAACUUUUUUCAUUGGAAUCUUUCUGAUUUUGCAAACUUCGUUCGUGAUUUCAAUACCUUUACCGCAAGAAAAACCGCCCAACAGCGACUUACGAAAAUUAUUUCAGCUAGCAGACACAAACAGAGAUAAUAAAAUAAGUAUUUACGAAUGGGCAAACAUCUUGGGAAGAUUGGGCCUUCCGCUUCCCGAGUCAUUUGAACAAACGUUCAAGGAGAUUGAUCAAGAUAAGGAUGGAUAUUUAAGCUUCGAUGACUUAACGCGGUUGACGCUUGACGGAAAUGCCUUCAGUUAGCAGACACCUACGGGGACAAUAAAAUCAACAUAUUUGGCGAAUGGGCGAACGUCUUGAGAAGAUUGGGCCAUCCGCUUCCCGAGACAUUUCACACACGUUCAAGGAAAUUGAUCACGAUAAGGAUGAUCAAUUAUGAUAUUUUUCAAACAUUCCUUUUUGAAAAUGUGACAAUUGAUUUUUCUCAACUUCCAAAAAUGAUGAAACAAACAACUUUACAAAAACAUUUUACCUCGGUAAUAAAUAAAAACAAACAUACAUCAAAUAA